AUGGACCCCGGCAGCUUCCUGACGUUCGACCUUGGCUACUACCAUACUGUGCUCAAGCACAGGGCCCAGUUCCGGUCCGACGCUGCGCUGGUCACCAAUGCCGUGGCACGGGCCGACAUCGCCGGCGUCAUGUCAAGCCCGUCAGAGGUGUUCUUCGAGGUGUUCUCGCGGUCCAUGGCGAGGCUCGGGGCCGUGCAGGUCAAGACCGGCUCUCAGGGGGAGAUGGAGAUCAGGAAGCACUGCGCCGUCGUCAACAGCUAGAUCGAACAUAGAUGGGCAUCGAGGGGUGACUUUCCCUGGAAACUGUUGGUGGAUGCUGUCAUUUUGC